UCCUUCCUUCCCCUUUCACUGUACACCGCCGUACUUGCAUCUUCUGAACUAACAAUAACAUAAAACAGCAAGCAAUUUCAUUUCAUCAGAUCGAUCUUCUUCUAUGGAAUAAUGAUUUGACAUCGAUAAAGUUCUUUCCUCUUUUUAAGUUGUUUAGUUUUCUAUCGAUUUUGUAAUAUCUAAUUCAAAAGCUCUCUUUAUAGUGUUGAUUGAUCCAUAUUAAAAAAAAAAAAACGCAAUCGGAUCCCUUUUGUUUGAAUGAUGAUUUGGAUCAAUUUCAGUUCUGAUUAAAUCUGAAGAAAAACGUGAAUUAAAAAAAAAAUGCAUAUAUAAACGAUUCUGUCACCGAUUCUAUUAAAAAGUUCAAUCUCCUCCAAAAUUGAAUGACCAGUGAGGUAUUUGAGCCAAUUGAGAGUGAUUCAAAAGCAAUGGGCAACAUUCUUAAAUUAAUUUUGGGAUGUUUAUGUGUCCGCCUCUUUCUUUUGUGGGGGUUAGGUUAGAAAACGUAGGGGUGAAGGGUUAGUAGGAAAACUAACAUUCAAUUGGAAAUGGGGUUUUGAGGAUAGAUUGGUUUUUUAUAUGAGAAAUGAGAAUGUGAUAGGGUUUUUGGUGGUUGGAUUGCAUCUACCUUCCAAGUUUCUCACCAAACUUUCUUAGUCUUGAAACUCUAAAACCCAACUACUUGUCAAAAUCCUCCUUUAAACCCCUUUUGUUUAAAAAAAUUCUUUUCUUUUAAUCUAAAAGAUGAAAAAAAAGAAAGAAUUUACUAGAAAAGCAUGUACUAGAAAUCUGUGUUUAACGGCCACAUAACCCUUUUACUGGGAACAAGAAUACUAACAGUACCUUUUCUUCUUUUCUUUUUUUUUUUUCUUUCAGUUCUCCAUUUUGUUCUUAAGGUAGUACAAGGAAUAGCUAGAAUUUCAGAUUGCUGAGAAUAAUAGAAGGGAAUUGGCACAAAUGUCCAGCAGUUGAGUUUGUUUUCAGGGAAAGAAACACAUUUCAGUAUGGAAAAGUAGGCGAAUAUUUGAUGUCAUUACAGGAGUUCGCCAAAUUUAAUUUACUAUGUGGCAAGCAAAAUUUAUGAUGACAUGGUAUUGGUACAUGUAAUAGCACGUUCUAAAUUGUAAGCAACUUUGAGGUCAACUUGCUGGUUCUCGAGCAAAUUCAUCCAAAACAAUUGAAACAAAAGUAGUACAAAUGGUGGCAAAUUGAUCGUAUGCUCUGAAAAACGUCGUCAUGAAAUGGAAAUUUGAAGAUUGCCACUCUAUAUGUGAUCGUUAAAUGGAAGAUAAAGCCACAGAAAAUAACAAUAAGAUGGUUCUGGCUAAGCCAAAAGCUUCAAGACCCUCGUGCUCAAAGUUCCAGUCUUUCUCUGCACUCCUUACGGGUGCGAUUAGCACAUCAUCUUCAUCACCUAAUUCAAUUUGCGAGACAGCUGUAGCUCCCAUUAGACCCAAGACUCUGAGGAUCAAACCCGCAGAAAGUUUGGCUUCAAAUGCUGCUGUUUCAUCUCAGGGCGAGGCAUCUGGAAGUGCAGCUUAUUCCUUGAAGGCUGAAAUCAAAUCUUCUGUGGUAUAUAAACCACUGGCUAAACCUGUUUCAAGAAAAACUGCUUCUCAAUUGGCAAAUAUGGGAAUGAGUAGCCAACAAGCAACAGUUCAGGUGCAAGCUUAUGCUCAAAAUACAAGUCGAACAAAACACCAUUUCCAAACUCCGGUUACUACAGAUAUUCGUCAAGAAUUGCCAUGGCCACCUGUUAGCAUUAACCAGAUCAAUGAUCCCUCAAAGAUGGCAUUGCGGAAACCUAAAGAGAAUCCAAAGGAUUUGAUGCCAACAGUAAGUGGUGAUAGACCUUCUUAUGAUGGGUAUAACUGGAGAAAAUAUGGGCAGAAACAAGUGAAAGGAAGUGAGUACCCUCGAAGUUACUACAAGUGCACGCAUCCAAACUGUCCAGUAAAAAAGAAGGUUGAAAGAUCAUUUGACGGGCAAAUAGCAGAAAUUGUUUACAAGGGUGAGCAUAAUCACGCGAAACCUCAGCCUCCUAAACGUCACACGUUAGGAACACUUGAUCAAGGACUUGCAUCCGAUGGGACUGGUCAUGAAACUAGUAGUAAUUCAUUAUGGAGUAACUCUCUCGGUGAGAGGAACCAAGGGUCAGAAAACCGAUUGGAGAAUCGAAGUGCUAUUGGAUUUUCAUAUAAUCCUUUUUCUUAUACAUCUAAAGCUCCAAUGCCUUAUGAUUCUGUCACAUCUGGUGGAGCUUUUAACAGUAGUGGUCUUGGAACUCCUGAAAGUUCUUAUGGUCUGAGUGGUGAUUGUGAUGAAGCAAGCAGAAGAAUCAAUGCAGCGGAUGAUGAAACUAAAUAUAAGCGGAGGAAGAAGGAGAAUCAGUCUAGUGACGUUCUAAUGUCACAAGGUGUACAAGAGCCUCGAGUCGUGUUGCAAGGGACAACAGAUGUGGAGAUUAUCGGGGAUGGUUUCCGCUGGAGAAAAUACGGACAGAAAGUCGUGAAAGGAAAUCCAUUUCCAAGAAGUUACUACAGAUGCAGCAGUCUCAAGUGCAACGUCAGGAAGCAUGUCGAAAGGUCAUUGGAUGAUCCAACCGCCUUCAUCACAACAUACGAAGGAAAACACAAUCAUGACAUGCCUUCUACAAGGAACAUCAAUCCAUCUGCAUCUCAUGACAUGGAUUCUAACCCCGCGAUUUACAAACCCAACCAAUGAUGUACACAGAGCGAGGAUCUUUACUCUACAAAUCAAUGUUUUGAAUACCUGCCAGAGAGAUCAACUUGGAGUUAGUUUCACUUUUCAUUGAACAACUACCUAUUGAAUGAGAAUCGAUACAGAUAAUUAGAUCCAGAAUCAUCCAGGAGGGAGAUCUUUCUUUGUGUAGAUAUGAGUAUUGAUUAUUAUAGAACUCAAUCAUUAAAUGGGUAGAAGCAGCAAAAAGCGACUAAAAAGCAAAGGGUUUCUCUAUUAUUUUUCACUUUUUGUUCUUUUCUUUUUUUCGCAGCUUGAAUCUGCAACAGAUGAGAUAUUGUUAUGUUAAACUUUCCUGUAACAGCAUUAUUUUACUAUAUGUCGAUAUACAUUACUUGUUAAUUGUUGUA